AAAGUGACGAUUUGAUCAUUGGGAAAGACGUUGUACGUAAUGUUUUGGAAGAUGUGGGAAAAACGAUUCAGGAACAAAUAAGAAAUGAGAUGGAUGAGUACAAACAGGAGACUGAAAAAAGAAAAUUAGAGCUGAUUGACAUAAUUAACUUAAAAGUGAAAGAUAUUGAAAAUGUUUCACUUGCCCAGCUGAAUGAUGCGAUAAACUCGUCCAUUGAUGCUUUUGAUGCUAAGGUAAAACAAUCGAUUCAGGAGAUAGACAACUUGGCAAGAAAAGGAAAAGAAACCCUUGAAAGUGUUGCCAAUGAUGGAGUUCAAACUGUCACCAAAGAAAAGGAAAAUGCAAUAAUGGAUAUACAAAAAGCUGCAGAAAAAUCCAGAGGUAACGAUGCCCAUGCCGAGAUCUCCGAGGAAACAUAUCAAAAGAAGAUAAAAGAACUUCAAGGCGACCUGAUUAAAUUCUACAGAAAAAGGUGUAGUUCAAUACCUCUGUCACCGCUUCUUGAAGAAAUAGAGACACCUCUAGCUGGGUUCUACGUGAUGCCAGAUAUAGUCACUGUAAAAAAGAAGUCCCUAACUUGUCAUGAAGAGGAGAGAACACCGAUCAAGUCUUUGAAAGACCUGUUUUCAACCGGAAGUCGAGAUCAACAAGAAAUUUAUCUAUCAGCUGAUGCAGGCUUUGGAAAAACUGCUUUCUCAAAAUAUCUUGCAGUCACGUGGUGUCAAGCUCAUUGUCACGAUGAAAACUACGCCUGCUUUAAAGACGACGAGUUAAAAACGUUAUUAGACUUCAAGUUCUUAUUUUUGGUUUUAUUAAGAGACUGUACCUCUGUUUGCAACAUUGACGAUAUGAUUAAACAGCAAAUUACGACGAAACUUCCUACUUCUGCAAUACUAGAUGAAGUUUUACGUAGAGAAAAGUGCUUGAUUAUAAUGGACGGUCUUGAUGAAUGGAAUCACCCUGAUAAUAGCUGUAGCGAAGUAACAGAAAAAAUUCCACAUCGAUACGUACGUGAUAAUUGUGUUAUUCUAACGACAACUCGACCAUGGAAGCUCGGAGUUGCAAAUCUCAAAACAAGUCAAAUAAACAAAAAAGUAGAAUUGGUUCAAUUAAGUGCAGAUUCUACGCGGCAACUUGAAGAAAAUGCUAUAAGAAAAAUGACCGGUGUCCGUGACGAUAGAAUACUGAAGAGUAAAAUAUGGGACUUUAAUAAAGUGAUACGUGACCGUCGCCUAGAGCACAUGCAAGUGAUUCCACUCCUCCUCAUGUAUAUAGUUUGCCUAUGGUGCAACAACAUUCCUAUAGGAAAUUCAAAACAUGAAAUUUACACCAAUAUCAUUGAAUUUCUAUUAUCAAGAACGUCAAAGAAACACCCGGAAGUUCAACCAUCUCGUGAAUCGUCUGCCAGUGAAAUUCCAGAAUACUUCAAAAGUCAUGAAUUUUGUAAAAAGUUUUACAGUCUUAUAACAUCAUUAGCAGAACUAGCUUACCAAACAUUAUUUAAUGAAACAAGAGAAAACACGCUGGUAUUUGAUAGAAUGGUUGCUGAUAUAUAUCUCAAAGCAGACGACAUGAAAUUAAGUCUUUUCUCAGGAAUACUGUCAGAAAGUAGAAGUAAAACUUUAAUUAAAGAAAUUAUUAAAGUAUCGUUUUCUCACAAAACAGUGCAAGAAUUCUUUGCCGCCAUAUUUAUAAGUUCUCAAAGUGACGCUCAGAAAACUGUUGUAGAAAAAUGUAGAAAUGUUCAAGAUAUUCUGGACAUGUCAAAAAUUUGUGAAUUUAUAAGUGGAAUGAAUGCUGACCUGAUGUGUGAAAUAUUAAAUGAUUGGAUGUCUGUGAUAAAUGAAGACGAGAAAACACGCGAAUAUAGAACUAGGACAGGUCGCGAGAACCGGCCAGAUAAUCCAUUGUAUAACAUACAGGAAAUGUUCAUGUCGUGUUUACAAGAAAUGCCUGAAAGUGAAAAUAUUCAAUUAUGUUUACAAGAUUUCUUCAUUGCCAACGAGGACAACGUGUACAGUGAGCUGUUACAACGUUUAUUAAAACAAAAUAAAACCAACAUAAAAUCUCUUUAUAUCAGAUAUACUUCCAGCAGUUUACGUGAAAUUAUAGAUUUAUUCUCUCUCACAGAUCUCAGUCAUAUACAGAAACUUUGCUAUUAUGGUGGCAGCAGGAAGGAGGGCUGAGAUAAGCCGGAUAUUGUUUCCCAGUUUACAGUGCGUUACUUUGUGGGAUGGUACAUGGAUAAAUGAUGAAGAAAAUCUGAGUGAAAAUUUAGCGCGAGUACAAAACUUACAAUAUUUAUAUAUUGAAGACUUCACGUUAUCUCACAAAAUACUGGAAACAUUUUACAAUUUUAUCUCCGCUCAAAAAUCAAUGAAAGAGUUAAAAUUGGAGUGGUUAUACUGUAAAGAACAUGGCUACCAUGAUUGUAAGAGAUUGAACUUGGACUUGUCUCAACAUUCAACUCUAUCAAAGUUACACUUGGAGCUGUUACCUGGGAGACUACAAUUAAAUAUAACAACACCGUCAUUAGUUAAUGUUACGUUGUGGAACAUCAAUCUAGAUGAUGAAAGUUCAUUGUUACUGUCACGUGACAUGUUGAAUAUUGAACGUGUGGUGUUGAGGAGGAUAGAAAUGUCUGCAGAAAGUUUACAGAACUUUAUUACCGUGCUGAAAAAUCUGCCGCAGUCAGUUACAGUAAAGAUGUACGACAUUACACCGGAAACAGAAUAUGACCGUGUUAGAGAAAAUAUUCGGAGUUCACAAACUUUUCAUGUGAUACAAGAGACGACGACUGGCGGCGGGUUUGAGUUCAAAACAAUAAAACCAAGUAAACAAUAAACAAAGGAAAAACAUUGUAAAAUAAACUAAUGAAAUGACUUCAAUGAUUUUAAUAAAUAAAAACAAUUUAAAUAUGGACACUUAGAAACAAAAUGGCGACUCAUCAAACUUUUAUUAGGACAAUCAUGUACUUCCGUUUUCAAUUAAUAAUUUAAGUGACAAUUGUUUAUAAAUAAAAACAUUUAAUUAAUAGAAAUAAUUCAAGGAAGUUUUCACGGAAUUUCAAUGGAU